GCUGACGUCAGUUGUUAUGUCUCGGGCUCGGCCGCGGCCGCAGCUGAUCCGCCUCUGGUUAGAGGCGGCGUCGUCGUCUCCGGUUCCGUCUCAGUCUCCGUCUCCUAGCUGUGAUCGCCUCUCGGCGCUCGGGGUCCCGGGGCAGCGGGGAAUCCCGGACCGGGAGUGCGUAGGCCAGGCUCUGCGCGGGGAGCCCACCCUCCCGCGCCGUGACUAGUCCCGGGCCCGGCGGCGUGGGCCCCUUGCGGCUCGUCCUUCCCGCGCCGCCGCCAGGCCGGGGCCCGGGCCGGGGCCAGCGCGCCCUGGAGCCGCCGGUCGCUUGCGGGAGACGCGGCGUACGUGCCCGCUGUGGCCUGGCGGCCCGGCCCCAGCCUGCGCCCGCGCCUGCGGCAGCGACAGCAACAGCGGACGGGUCCACCCUCGCCUUUCUGGGCAGCGCGGCCCGGCGGGCGGAGGCCUCGGGGAGUGACUGAGCCCCGGGCCCGCGGCGCUCCCAGCAGCUCCUGGGCCCCCUCCUGCUUGUGCCCCUUUGCCCCUUCCUUCUGCCUCCUCGUUUGUGCCCCUUUCUCUAGCCCCCGUGUCCCCUUGCCUUCUCACUCAGCCUUCCGUUUGUACCCCUUCCUCUAGUCACCCCCCCCCGUGCCCUUCUGCCCCUCUAUAUCCCCUCUUGUGCCCCCUGCCCUCUCUAAUGUCCUCGUUUGUGCCCCUUCCUAGCUAGAGUCCCCCUCUGCCUCUUCCUUCAGAAGCCUCCUCGUCUGUGCCCCUUCCUCUAGCUCCCCUGUGCCCCACUGCCCUCUCCUUCAGCCUCUUGUCUUCUGCCCAUUCCUAUAGCUAACCCCCCCCCCCCAGCCUUGUCUCCGCCUGUCUCCUCUUCGGGCCACCCCGCUCUCCCUGGUCUCUUCCUCUAGCCCCACUUAAGUCCCCCGGAGCUGCCCCCGAGCUCGGGCCUUGUCCUCCUUCUGCUGCCCCCCAGCCUCCCCACUUUGUUUUUUUCUCCCCGAGGCGCGCCCCCUUGCUGGGAGCCUUCCCCUCUCUGGACCUGACCUUGGCCCCCACGCUUAAUUGAUGGGGGCCUCCCCUAGUUCCUGGUCUCCACGUUUCGGCCUGUCCCCGGUGGUCGCCGGCGCAGCCCCUUGGGCGGGCCCCUUCUGAGAGACCCCAGCCAAGUCUGUAACCGCACCUGCCCGGCCUCCUCUCCGGCCCGCGGCCGCCACCAUGACUCCUGAAUGACCGGGGGAUGCCGGCCUCGUCCUUGGGCUCCUGCAGCGCGCUCCUUCUGGCCCUGAAGCUGCGCCUUCUCCUUCGCCCCCCCCUCCUUCUGCCUGUCUGCUCGUCCCGCCUUCUCCCCGAAAGGCCGGGGAAGCCAAGAUGUGGCUCAAGCUUUUCUUCUUGCUGCUCUAUUUCCUGGUCCUCUUCGUGCUGGCCAGGUUUUUCGAGGCCAUUGUCUGGUAUGAGACGGGCAUCUUGGCCACCCAGCUGGUGGACCCGGUGGCGCUGAGUUUUAAAAAGCUCAAGACCAUUUUGGAGUGUCGGGGCUUGGGCUACUCCGGACUACCCGAGAAGAAGGAUGUCCGAGAGCUGGUGGAAAAAUCCGGAGACCUGAUGGAGGGUGAGCUUUAUUCUGCCCUUAAGGAAGAAGAAGCCUCCGAGUCUGCUUCUAGCACCAACUUCAGUGGUGAAAUGCACUUUUAUGAGCUCGUGGAAGACACCAAAGAUGGCAUUUGGCUGGUUCAGGUCAUAGCGAGUGACAGAAGCCCUCUCGUGGGGAAAGUCCACUGGGAGAAAAUGGUGAAAAAGGUGUCCAGAUUUGGAAUACGCACCGGAACCUUUAACUGUUCAAGUGAUCCCAGAUAUUGCCGGAGGCGAGGUUGGAUACGCUCGACCCUCAUUAUGUCUGUGCCUCAAACCAGCACUUCCAAAGGAAAGGUGAUGCUCAAAGAAUACAGCGGGCACAAGAUGGAGGCCGAACAUAUCUUUAAGUGGAUCACCGCCCACGCCGCUUCCCGCAUCAAGACCAUUUACAGCGCGGGGCGCCUGAAAGAGGAAUGGGACAAGAGUGACCAGUACUGGGUGAAGGUCUACCUGUUCGCCAGUCUGGACCAGCCCCCCGCCUUCUUCUCGGCGCUCAGCAUCAAGUUUACGGGAAGAGUAGAGUUUGUCUUUGUCAACGUGGAGAACUGGCCCAACCAGAGUUCUAUGAGCGACAUCGGCGUCUACGGUAUGCCGUCGUACAUCCUGAGGACUCCUGAGGGGAUCUACAGAUACGGAAACAACACGGGGGAGUUUCUGUCCCUCCGGGCCAUGGAUGCCUUUUUGCGCUCCUUACAGCCAGAGGUCAAUGACUUAUUCGUGUUGAGCCUGGUGCUGGUCAACCUCAUGGCCUGGAUGGACCUGUUCAUCACGCAGGGCGCCACCAUAAAGCGCUUCGUGGUCCUCAUAAGCACCCUGGGGACGUAUAACUCCCUCCUCAUCAUCUCCUGGCUGCCCGUGCUGGGCUUCCUGCAGCUCCCUUACCUGGACAGCUUCUAUGAGUAUAGCCUGAAGCUGUUACGCUACUCCAACACCACGACGCUGGCCUCGUGGGUCCGGGCGGACUGGAUGUUCUACUCUUCCCACCCUGCCCUGUUCCUCAGUACGUACCUUGGACACGGCUUGCUCAUCGACUACUUCGAGAAGAAGAGGCGCCGCCACCACAACGCCGACGAAGUGAACGCCAACAACCUGGAGUGGCUGUCGAGCCUGUGGGACUGGUACACCAGCUACCUCUUCCACCCCAUCGCCUCCUUCCAGAACUUCCCCGCCGACUCCGACUGGGACGAAGACCCCGACCUGUUCCUCGAGCGCUUGGCCUUCCCGGACCUGUGGCUGCACCCUCUCAUCCCGACAGAUUACAUUAGAAACUUACCCGUGUGGCGCUUCCGACGUCUCGGAGCCCCCUCUGACGAGGACGCGUCGGAGGGGUCCCCGGAGCCUGAGAAUGACUCGGACGACAGCGAGAAUGGCGACGCUGUGCCCCGGGACACGGCCCGGCCCCCUCCGCGAGGAGGGACCCGCGAGAGCGCCGCCUGCGCCUGUGCCCACAGAUACGGUCAGGCCGGUCCCCACGCGAGGGGCUGCGGCUCUCCCGGGCCCUACGACCCAGGGGACGACGGGGAGCCCGACUGGCUGGCCUGGCCUGCGGACAUGCUGCACUGCACCGAGUGUGUGGUGUGCCUAGAGAACUUCGAGCACGCGUGUGUGUUGACGGGUUUGCCCUGCGGCCACGUGUUCCAUCAGAAUUGCAUCAUCAUGUGGCUGGCCGGGGGCCGGCACUGCUGUCCGGUGUGCCGGUGGCCCUCGUACAAGAAAAAGCCCCCGUACGUCCAUCACCAGCCCUUGUCCAGCGACGUCCCCUCCUAACAGCGGCGCCGUCCCCCGGAAGCUCCCGCCCUCUGGCGGCCUGCCUUUUCGAUGUCAGUCCCAGUGUUUUUGUGGUUUGAAGUUUAGUUUAAUGUUAGUGCAGUGACCGGAAAUAGACAUUAUGCUAACGUUCAUGACAGAAUCCUUCGGUUGCCUUGUGUGUCCCAACUGAAUGCCUACUUAAUCGUACAAACUUUUCUUUACCACCUUGGAACUGCAGCAGCGGGUGUCUCUGGUAAGCACAAAAAGGUGAGACGGAAAUCCAGCCUGGCAAGAGUUGACAAGUUGGGGUUCAGCUUCUAAUGAAAUUGACAGUUGCUUCUCCUCAGUGUUUCCUCCCUUUUUACAGUCUCUCUGUUCAGCACCUUUGGUUGAAUAAUGUAUCUCUGAGACAUGAAAUUUAAAGAAAACCUAUGAAAUAAAUUAUUUUAAACCCAGAAGGCUGCAGACUUUCCAAAAUGAAAUCAUUUUUGAUAAAGUCAAUCCAUAUAGAUAGAGAUGUCUGAAUAUUUGAUUUAUCUGUAAAAACUAAUAAAAUAUAAUUUUGGUCUCUUUUACAAAA